AAGAAAAAAAAGAAGAAAAAAAUGGUCAAACAUUUUUGAAAAAGCUCCAGGAGCCACUAGGACGGCGCUAAAGAGCCGCAUGCGGCUCUGGAGCCGCGGGUUGCCGACCCCUGAACUAAACCAAUAAAAUAAAAAUAAAACACUAACAAACCAUGAAGACUGACCUUCCUUCCUGUUGUUGGUGCAGGUGAUGACCAUGGCAGAGGUUAGGGCGGACGUACGCGCCGUACUCCUGCCCCUCCUUCUGUACCCGCUCUUGUGUCUGGAUUCCGCACUCUCGUCCCUCCCUGCACCCAUUAAUGUUCGCGUCAUUUCAAUCAACUUCCACCACGUCCUCCAUUGGGAGCCGGGGCCCGGGACCGUCAGUGGGACUCAAUACAAGAUCUCCUGGAAGAGAAGAGAUAAAAGGAAAUGGACACACCUGUCAGACCUAACUAACUCAACAAAGAUUGAGAUGAAAGAGAUGAAAAUGGAGAGUGAAUCGUAUAAAUAUCAUUUGGCCGUCCGAGCUUCCUACAACGGAACCGUGUCUGGAAUGUCCAAGAUCACCUUCGAACCUUUCACGGAAACCGUAAUAGGUCCUGCAGAAGUGUCGGUGGAAGGCUGUGGCGCAUGUCUCCAGAUCAAUAUUUCACUGCCCCAGCCUUACCAACACUCAGAGGUCAAGGAUAUGUACAAGCUCUACCAGCCUACAUUCACAAUCCUGUGGCGGAAAGGUAGAGAAGGAAGACUGGAGAAGUUAGAGAAACAAGUACGGACUGUUGUUCUCAACAACUUGGAGAAAGCUGUGGAGUACUGUGUACAAGUACAAACACAGACUCGUAGUAACGCCAACACGCGUCCUUCUGCCUGGACCUGCGCCUUCACCAGCCUGCCGGAGCUCAGUCAGGGUGUUAUUGUGGGUGCUGUUACAGCGGUUCUGAUUCCUGUCCUCCUGGUUGUCAUGGUGAUCUUCCUCUGCCUCUACUACAUCGGCUUCCUGGGGAAAGUGAAGGAAACCAAGCCCGGAGCACUGAUGAUACUUCUGAUCCAGGGCAACGUGUUGAACCCGGACAGCACCCCCUCAGACUGGAUCUCCAUCAUCCCUGACCCGGACAGCCAGAGGAAGCAGUACCCUCCCACCACAGAAACUCCCGCCAGCAGGGACGGAGACUCGUCAGAGGAGGACAUGGACGAGGAAGACGAGGACCAGAAGAUGUACAUGGACAGAAAUGCAGAACUGUCUGGUGCUGAUACUUCCAACCAGGACUCUGAUUGUGCACAGAGCUCCCAGGCUGUAACAGAGCAUUCUGGGAGUUUGACGGAGGCGCCACCAGGACCAGAGGCAGGAUCUGAAGCAGAGGAAUCACAACUUUUUAUCCAGAAAGAUGGUCCUACCGGAGUCCAGGGACAGGUGGCCGCUGAGGAGGAGGAGGAGGAGGAGGAGGAGGAGGUGCUGCAGGACGUCUGCAGUAACAUCAAUCUGUUCUCUGUCACCCUGCUGUCAAUGGCUGGAAGGGAGGACGGGGAGGAAGAGGACGAGGCAGGAGUCUCAGGUUCCCUGAAAUAUCCAACAUCAGUCUCAAGGAGUGGACAAGACCAAUGGACAGCAGCAUCCCAGAUGCUGAAGACAUCUGAGGACAUCUCUGAAACUGUACACAUGUGGGAGGAAGAGGGGGAGGAGGAAGAGGAGGAAGAGGAGGUGUUCUCUUCAUAUCUGGGAAACAGGUGACACAGGGAAGCAAUUUCUUCUUUGUGAACAUGAGUGGGGCCCCAGGUCCUCUACGUGAACACGAGUGGGGCCCCAGGUCCUCUACCUGAACACGAGUGGGGCCCCAGGUCCUCUACGUGAACACCAGUGGGGCCCCAGGUCCUCUAUGAGAACACCAGUGGGGCCCCAAGUCCUCUACGUGAACAUGAGUGGGGCCCCAGGUCCUCUACCUGAACACCAGUGGGGCCCCAGGUCCUCUACCUGAACACCAGUGGGGCCCCAGGUCCUCUACGUGAACACAAAUGGGGCCCCAGGUCCUCUACGUGAACACCAGUGGGGCCCCAGGUCCUCUACGUGAACACCAGUGGGGCCCCAGGUCCUCUAAGUGAACAUGAGUGGGGCCCCAGGUCCUCUAUGUGAACACCAGUGGGGCCCCAGGUCCUCUACCUGAACACCAGUGGGGCCCCAGGUCCUCUACCUGAACACCAGUGGGGCCCCAGGUCCUCUACGUGAACACCAGUGGGGCCCCAGGUCCUCUAAGUGAACACCAGUGGGGGCCCAGGUCCUCUAAGUGAACACCAGUGGGGGCCCAGGUCCUCUAUGUGAACACCAGUGGGGCCCCAGGUCCUCUACCUGAACACCAGUGGGGCCCCAGGUCCUCUACCUGAACACCAGUGGGGCCCCAGGUCCUCUACCUGAACACCAGUGGGGCCCCAGGUCCUCUACGUGAACACCAGUGGGGCCCCAGGUCCUCUAAGUGAACACCAGUGGGGCCCCAGGUCCUCUAAGUGAACACCAGUGGGGCCCCAGGUCCUCUAAGUGAACACCAGUGGGGCCCCAGGUCCUCUAAGUGAACACCAGUGGGGCCCCAGGUCCUCUAAGUGAACACCAGUGGGGCCCCAGGUCCUCUAAGUGAACAUGGGUGGGGCCCCAGGUCCUCUAUGUGAACACGAGUGGGGCCCCAGGUCCUCUACGUGAACACGAGUGGAGCCCCAGGUCCUCUACGUGAACACCAGUGGGGCCCCAGGUCCUCCCUCACUCGCUAUUACAAGUGCAGUAAUAUCAACGUAUUUUACAAACUUGUAACAUGUAAAGCUGGAAAUCUGAAAUGAAAGUGUCACAAAUGGUUCAAACUUUAGUUUAACAUCAACUCAAACUCUGGACUCUUCGGGAGCCUGUACAACUUUGCAAUAUAAUAGAAUUGUUCAUAUACUGCUGGAAAAAUAAAUAUGAUCAAAACUUAACAAA